UAAAAAUAAAAAAAAGUUUUCCACUGGAGUACCCCUUUAAUAUAGCUCCUCCUUGGACCCUUGUUUUUGGAUUGUGUCAUGUUGUGUAUCAUUGUGUGACUCAGUGUCACCUGCUGUAUGUGACAGCUGCGGACCCCUCUCCCCCCCCCACCCCCCGUCCCGUCCUCUCGUCACUGUUCGUUCUCAUCCAGCAGCUAAAAAUACCCCCGGAAUUCCUGAGCCCCUCCUGAUUGUUAACCCUGUCUGGGCCGCAGGUCAUGUACCGGCAGUGGACAUCAGGUCUGGGAUAUCUUAUUUCCCUACAUAGCGAGGGGUUAACAGGGUCUCUUCCCGCCCCGAUGUGUGUGAUAAGAGACUCUAAACUUAGACAGUCUGUGGUCUGAUGAGUGAGCGCAGGUCUCGUGCAGUCACCGUUCUGCGUUGUGUCCACAGACGCUGCUGAGGGAUGAAUUUUGCGGUAGGAUUUAAGUCUUUGGGGGGGGACACUCAGACCAUGGACAACCUGGAGAAGCAGCUGAUCUGCCCCAUCUGCCUGGAGAUGUUUACCAAACCUGUGGUGAUCCUGCCGUGCCAGCAUAACCUGUGCCGCAAGUGCGCCAACGACAUAUUCCAGGCCUCCAAUCCCCUCUGGCAGUCUCGUGGUUCCAGCACGGUCUCCUCCGGUGGACGCUUCCGCUGCCCCUCAUGUCGGCACGAGGUGGUCCUGGACAGGCACGGGGUGUACGGGCUACAGAGAAACCUUCUGGUAGAAAAUAUCAUAGACAUCUACAAGCAGGAGUCCUCCAGGCCUCUGAACACCAAGACGGAGCAGCACCUGAUGUGCGAUGAGCACGAGGACGAGAAGAUCAACAUCUACUGCCUGACAUGUGAGACCCCCACCUGCUCCAUGUGUAAGGUGUUUGGGGCCCACAAGGACUGUGAGGUGGCCCCUCUCUCCAGCAUCUACAAAAGACAGAAGAGCGACCUCAGUGACGGGAUCGCAAUGCUGGUGGCCGGGAACGACCGAAUCCAGGCGAUCAUCACCCAGAUGGAGGAAAUCUGUAAGAGCAUAGAGGACAACAGCCGCAGACAGAAGCAGCACCUCAGCCAGCGCUUUGACUCCUUGUAUAACAUCCUGGAGGAGCGGAAGAAGGAGCUGCUGCAGAACAUCGCCCGCGAGCAGGAGGAGAAGCUGCAGUACGUCCGGGGUCUCAUCCGUCAACAUGGAGACCACCUGGAAGUCACCUCCAAGCUGGUGGAGACCGCCAUACAGUCUAUGGAUGAACCGCAGAUGGCACAGUUCCUGCAGCAAGGAAAGGAGCUGAUAAAGAAGAUCACAGACAUGUCCAAAGUUUCCACAAUAGACCGUCCAGACCCCGGCUACGAAACUAUGGACCACUUCUGCGUCAAUGUGGAUCAUGUGUCUGAGAUGCUGAGGACCAUCGACUUCCACUUAGCUGCGCAAGGGGAUGAAGAUGAUGACAUCUUUGAUACAGAGGAGGUUGAAGCUGAGGAGGAGAGGUCGGAAUCUAUAGAGGAUGCUGGGCCCAGACUGAAGACAGCGACUCCUCAGCAUGGCGGCGGCGGGGGGGUGUAG